AUGAAUCCCCACUGUACUUCGCCGAGUCGCAACCUAAUCAGCUGUUUUCUGUUGUGGGCAAUCAUUGUUCCUGCUUUGUGAAAAUUACGCAUAAAUGAAAAAAUAAUUUUGACAUCAGGAAAAUGGACCAGCCCGAUGACCAUUUCCGCUAUAUCCACAGCUCAUCGCUACACGAACGCGUACAAAUCAAAGUUGGGACGCUCGAGGGGAAGAAGCGACAGCCGGACUAUGAGAAACUGUUGGAAGACCCCAUACUGAGAUUCUCCGGAUUGUACUCCGAGGAGCACCCCUCGUUCCAGGUGCGUCUGCAGAUUUUCAACCAAGGCAGACCCUACUGCCUCCCAGUAACCAGCUCGUAUAAGGCUUUCGGGAAGAGAUGGAGCUGGAACGAGUGGGUUUCCCUUCCGCUGCAGUUCUCCGAUCUGCCGAGGAGCGCCAUGCUGGUCCUGACCAUCCUCGACUGUUCGGGAGCAGGCCAGACCACUGUCAUUGGUGGCACCUCCAUUUCUGUCUUCGGCAAGGAUGGCAUGUUCCGCCAGGGAAUGUACGACCUACGCGUUUGGCUGGGAGUCGAAGGCGAUGGCAACUUUCCCAGUCGUACGCCCGGCAAGGGCAAGGAGUCCUCCAAGUCGCAGAUGCAACGCCUUGGAAAACUGGCCAAGAAGCACCGAAAUGGCCAGGUGCAGAAGGUCGACUGGCUGGACAGGCUUACGUUCCGCGAAAUCGAGGUGAUCAACGAGAGGGAGAAGCGUAUGUCCGACUAUAUGUUCCUCAUGAUCGAAUUUCCCGCCAUCGUGGUGGAUGAUAUGUAUAAUUAUGCAGUGGUCUACUUUGAACCAGAGGGCGAUGUAAAGUAUAAACUACCAGCCAAACCGAAGCUGGUAUCCGUGCCCGAUUCGGAAAUUCAAAUGGAAAACCUGGUGGAAAGAAAGCACCAUCGAUUGGCUCGUUCAGAGCGAUCGGGAAUUUCGGACAGAGAUGCCAAACCCACGGCUAGCAUUCGCGAUCAGCUGCACACCAUUGUCUAUAGGUAUCCACCUACCUAUGUUCUGAGCAGCGAGGAGCAGGAUCUCGUAUGGAAAUUCCGCUUUUAUCUCUCCUCGCAUAAAAAGGCAUUGACCAAGUUCCUGAAGUGCAUCAAUUGGAAACUAGAGGACGAGGUCACCCAAGCCCUCUGGAUGCUGGCGAACUGGGCUCCCAUGGACGUGGAGGACGCCUUGGAGCUACUGAGUCCCACUUUUACGCACCCCCAGGUGCGAAAGUAUGCCGUCAGUCGAUUGGCCCAAGCACCAGAUGAGGAUUUGCUGCUAUACCUGCUGCAGUUGGUGCAGGCCCUAAAGUACGAGGAUCCCCGGCACAUUGUUCAUCUGCACAGCUGCAUCUUUCCCGAACGGGAUGUGGUGCGAUCUAUCCUGGACGACAAUGGCUCGCUGCUGGACCAGAGCAGCUUGUCCGAUCUGAGUGCCACCAGCAGUGGACUGCACGCCUCGGUGAUUCCAGCUAAUCAGCGGGCUGCAAGUGUUUUGGCCGCCAUCAAGGGCGAUAAGUCAGUGAGUCCCGGUUCCGCGGGUGGCAGUGGAGGCCAGGGAUCGGUUCCGCUUCCGGGAACCUCAACUCCAGUCACUCCGGCCAGCAGUUCCCUGCCCUGCGAUUCCAAUUCCAAUGCUCUCAUGCUGGCCGAGGGCAUCGGCUUUGGCACGGUUCCCGCCAAUCUCUGCACAUUCCUGAUCCAGCGCGCCUGCACGAAUGCCACGUUGGCCAACUACUUCUACUGGUAUUUGUCCAUCGAAGUGGAGGAAGUGGAGUCAGUGAGGAAGCAGGACGAAAGGGCCCAUGACAUGUACGCCUUGGUGCUCAAGAUGUUUCUGAAGGUGUUAGAGAAUGGCAACUUCAAUCUGCGAGGCAUCUUCUAUAAUCUUCGCAAGCAGCGUCGCUUCAUUGACGAGCUGGUUAAACUGGUUAAACUUGUGGCCAAGGAGCCGGGAAAUCGCAAUAAGAAAACGGAGAAGUUUCAAAAACUUUUGGCCGAACAGGAUAUGUUCAAAGUGAACUUUACCAACUUUGAGCCGAUUCCUUUCCCCUUGGAUCCAGAAAUCUACAUCACCAAAAUUGUGCCCAUGCGCACUUCACUCUUCAAGAGCGCUUUAAUGCCGGCCAAACUAACUUUUGUGACCUCGAUUGCCCAGCACGAGUACGCAGCCAUUUUUAAGCACGGUGAUGAUCUGCGUCAGGAUCAGCUUAUUCUGCAGAUGAUCACGUUGAUGGACAAGCUGCUGAGGCGAGAGAACCUUGAUCUAAAACUGACUCCCUACAAGGUGCUGGCCACCAGCUCGAAGCAUGGAUUCCUGCAGUACGUCGACUCGUGCACGGUUGCAGAGGUCCUUGCUCGCGAGGGAAACAUACACAACUUUUUCCGGAAACAUCAUCCGUGCGAUAAUGGUCCUUAUGGCAUUUCGGCGGAAGUCAUGGACACCUACAUCAAGAGCUGUGCGGGCUACUGUGUGAUUACCUACUUGCUGGGCGUGGGUGACCGUCAUUUGGACAACCUGCUACUGACCACCAAUGGCAAGCUCUUCCACAUCGAUUUCGGCUACAUAUUGGGACGCGAUCCCAAGCCCAUGCCGCCGCCUAUGAAGCUGAGCAAGGAAAUGGUGGAGGCAAUGGGCGGAAUCAGUUCGGAGCACCACCACGAAUUCCGCAAGCAGUGUUAUACGGCGUAUUUACAUUUGCGUCGGCAUGCCAACGUGAUGCUCAACUUGUUCUCACUGAUGGUGGAUGCCACAGUGCCGGAUAUUGCUCUGGAGCCCGACAAGGCGGUCAAGAAGGUGGAGGAGAACCUACAGCUCGGUUUGACCGACGAGGAGGCCGUCCAGCAUUUGCAGAGCCUGCUUGACGUAUCUAUUACCGCUGUAAUGCCGGCGUUGGUGGAGCAGAUCCAUCGAUUCACUCAGUACUGGCGGAAGUAAACGACAUUUACUAUCCCAGAUGGGUCAACAAAUUGUAGCAUGAACAAGUUAUCUUUUCAGCAACCUGUAAACCUAUCUUACUGCUUCCCCAAUUAAUCAUACAUCAUCUUAGUUGUAAGAUCGCUUUAGUCGUAGGUGGCGUGUAGCUACAAGUCUGUAAUCCGGAAUUUAAAUGUAUAUCUGUUUAAUGCCUCAA